GGAAAUCUCCCAAGUCUAUGAACUGCACAAGAGCUCAUUAAAUAAUGCAGACCACGACAAGGACGAUGAAUGUGAUUCACACAUCAGGAGACACUUUACAUUUGUCGCAAGUUGCUGAACAGAUUGUGGAUAUAUGUAGUGUAUAAGCCGGUUUGGUGCACAGUCUCAUACAGAAAACGAGCUGCUCGUGCUUCGCUGUCUGAACGGAACUAAUACCAUUAUUACUGCUAAUUGCAAUAUUAAUAUUAAUUCUAUCUCUACGUGAGGCUCAUUGUUAUGUCGAGUUGAUGCAGGAGCUCAGCUGAAGACAAAACCGGAAGUGUAAACACUGUAACCUCUUGAUUCUUUUAGUAUCGUCUGUCUCCUCUUUGGCGAUUGGUCAGAUGACCAUCGUCAUCUCGGCGACGUCUAAACACUUCCAGGUCGAAUCGCAUGUGGAGUGUUUUGGUGAAGAUUCUUGUAUUUACGUGUUUCAUGUCUAAGAUUUUUCACGGAUCCGUCGGUGAGUCCUACGAUGGCGAAAGUGCGUCGGUCCAAUGAGUGGACUGAAUCCGACGCUGUUGCUGAAGUUGCCGCAGCGGAUCCAUCGGAUUUUGUGCUGGAAACGUUCCCUCCUGAAUAUGUGGACAGAAUUUCGAGGUUUAUAGAGUCUUCUUCUGUUCUUUGUUCGAGUCAGAACAGAGAGGAUGGUGCAGCCGAAGGAGAGCCCACUGAAGCAGACAGUGACUCAGCGGACAGCCUGUUCAUCACUCAGAAGCCUGUACCUGAGGCCGUGAGGUCAGGAAGACGGAAGCGCCGCGGCCUACGAUCAGGUCUCACGUCUCCCAGAGAGCGAGAGGAAAGUGAAGAUGACAGUUCACCUUCGGCCUCCCUUCAAGACACCAGAAGUAAAAGGAAAAAAAAAGAGACAAAACUCAGAAUGCCAAAGUACAGUUUCCCGUUCCUCAAAGACAAGAUGCCGAAAGCUAAAGGCAUUUUUUUAAGUGAAGUGCAAAACACGAGGCUACAUUAUUCUUCAGUGGGGGCCUUCUUUGAUUGUAUAAGAAAGCUGCAACAGAGCUAUCAAACCGUAGAGGAUCUGGAGUCAAAUUUACCAGCAAUUGACAUGAAUGGAGAGUGCAUAUCUCCAAUAUCAGAGGGAGAAGAAGAAAAUGUAGGAGACGAGGACAUGAAAGUGGUGGCAAAGAAGCAUUUUGUGAUACCAUCAAAAAGGAGACACUCACAGUCCUGGUAUAGCGAGAAGAAGAGAAAUAGUAAAGGAAAACAGUGGAGGGAAGGACUUACUGGUGAUGAAAUGCCACCAGGAGGAUGGGGGGUUGUGUUACAUAAAAUACCAGCUAAGAAACCCUCAUUGAGAGCUGCACAGUCUUCAGAUUUGGAGAGCUCUGAUGAUGAAGAUUCUUCUUGUAGCAUUCUGAGAGAGAAGAGGACGAGUAAUAAACAGCUCACACCCCAAAGCGUCCGCGCUCAAACCGUAACUCUAAAGACAAACAGUAAAAAGAGAGACAGCUCUGAGGGAAAAGAAAUGGAGGAUGAGCUGAGUGACAGCAGUCCUCCACAAAGUCCAAAGGAAUGCAUGCAAAAGUGCAGAGUUUCAAACAAAGAGGAGCUAUCCCAGCAAGGGCGGGGAGACAGUGAGCCUGCAGACCAAAGUUUCUUCCAGAGUGACACCAAUAAUGUUGCUACAUGCAGUGAAACCAAAGUGAAGAAGAAGCAAAAUCACAGAGAACAUAAUGAAAGUGCAGAAGAAGCUGAUAAUGAAAGUCAGGAGGAGGUGGAGGUUCAGUAUGCUGCACUGACUGUGAAUGAGGAAAUCACUGAGGUGGAGGAAAGUCCUCAUCUGUCACAGACCAUCAGCGAACUGGAGCUUAAUGAAAAAAAUAGGAUGGAGGAGAGUGACAUCUCUGAUCCAGAACAGAGGAAGAAGAAAAAGGACAACCAAGAAAACGAAAAUACAGAAGAAGAAAAGAGCCAGGACGAGCUGGAGGAUCAGCACACUGCAUCAUCUUUGAAUGAGGAAAUCACUGAAGUGGAAGAGACUCAACAUCUAUCACAGACUGUUAAUGAGCUGGAUCUUAAUGCAAAGAUCGGUUUGGAGGACAGUGACGUUCCUGAUUCACAACAGAAGAAGGUGAAAGAGGACAAAGAAAUAAAAAAUGCAGAAGAGGAAAAGAGCCAGAGUCAGGACGAGCUGGAGGAUCAGCACGAUGCCGCAUCUGUGAAUGACAAAAUCACUGAGGUGGAGCAGGAGACUCCCUGUUUGUCACAGGUCACCAGCGUGCUUGAUGUUACCGGAAAAACUGUGAUGGAGGACAGUGACGUGACUGAUACACAACAGAAAAAGAAGAAGAAGAAGAAAAAGAAGAAGGUGAAAGAGGACAACAACGAAAACAAAAAUGCAGAAGAAGAACAGAGCCUGAGUCAGGAUGAGCUGGAGGUUCAGGGUGCUGCAGCAUCUGCGAAUGAGGAAAUCAUUGAGGAGGAGGAGAGUGACAUUCCUCAUUCACAACGGAAGAAGAAAAAGAAGAAAAGAAAGAAGUCACGUGAAGAACACGAAAAGGAGAAGAUGAAAAAGAAAAUGUCAGAAAGCAACGAUGGUGAGGAGGAAGAUGUCGAGCGGUUAAAGUGCAACACCGCUCCUGAAUCUCUUCACGAUGAUGUGGAGAUACCAACAAAGAAGAAGAAAAAAGGAACAGAGAAAAAGAAAGAGUUUAAAGAUGAAGGUGAAGGUUUCAGAAAUACUGAAGCUUUUCAGGAAAACCUUGAGAAAACUUUGGAAUCCAGUUGUGCAAAAAGAAAAAAGCACAAAAAGUCAUCUCAAAGAGAUGAAUCUAACACUCCCGAAGAUGAAGAAAAUCCACAGAAAACAGAUGAGAUUGAAGACCAUGAUGCUGGUUUACUGAUGACCAAGAAGAAGAAGAAAAUGAAACAAAUGUCAAGCAUGGAGGGCUCCAAUGACACUGUGGCACAAAGCUCUGAUCUGUUGUCUGUGCAGCGGAAAAAAAAGAAGAGGAAAUCUUUCUUCCUCGGUGCUGAUGUCGAGGGAAAAGCUGCUCAUUCAGAGGAAGAAAAACAUUGUCCUUUGCAAUCUGUGGCUGCUAAAAAGCCAGGCGUCAGCACCGGCAGUCCUGCUGAAUCAGCAGAAAUCACUGUAAGUUUGGACGAAUCUAAUGACAGAGUCAGGAAAAAGAAGAAGAGGAAAAUGUUAACUGAACAAGAGAGUGUGGGAAAAGAUCCGGAACCAGAUUUUGAGGAACUUGAGGAGGCCCUGUCUGACACAGGGCUGAAGAAGAAGAAAAAGAAACGUAAGAGGAACGAAACCAACAAGGAUGCUGCUGCCGUCAUCACUUCUUCUUGA